GGGUCCGGCCCGUCUGCCUUUUUUUGUCGGUUUCGUGCAGACUCUAUCUCGCGCGAUCUGCCCCCUGCUCUCACCCCCGGCUCGUCCUCCUAUCCGGAGCCGGCGCCAAAUACACAACCGAGAUAAGGAUAGAUAUGGCAGUCACGGGCGCCUUGAGGAUCCCGGGGUUCACGCAGGUGGGGGCCUCCAAGCCAUUCUUCGGGCGAGAUGUCGGUGGGGAGAGCUCGGUGAAGCUCCCAUCACCAGAUCUCACGACGACGACGACCAGCACAACCGCGGCGACUACGUCGACGAAGACGCAGCAGCUGGCAAGCUGGCCGAGCGGGAGAAGCGAGGAAAGGUGUGGCUGUCCGCGAGCCACGUGUGCGGAACUGCAAGGUUCGUCGUCACCGCACGCCGGAGGGAUUCCUUCGAGAGAGCACGACCGGCUGGCCUGUCUCUCGUCGACGUCCGCCUCCUCCUCCUCGCCUUCCCCCUCCUCCUCCUCCUCCUCCUCCUACUCUCCUCAGUCCUCCUCGGCAACAUCGUCCAGGUCCCCUCGCUCGCGCAAGCCCGUCGUCUCGCUGGUCUCGACGAAGCGCUCCUCAGAUCGGCUCAAUGCUCUCGCCAGCUUCCAAGCGGGCUUAACGUCGGUCAGCGUCGCAGGUCCAUCGCCCCGAUCGGGAACAUCGCCGGCCAAGAAGACCACGCCGACGACGCCGACGACGACCACAGGGAGAGCUACAGCUAGUUUCUCUUCAUCGACUUUGUCCGCAAGCGCUGCGGGCCUGGUAGAUAAGGCCUCGCUGCUCUGGAAGCAGAGGCAGAGGGAUGGCCAAGAGGAUCAGGGGGGCAAUGAGUGCACCGGCGUCGGGAUCGGCGACGGCCGGCACGUGGCGAGCUCCGGCUUCGCCACGUUCGCUGGGUUUGCAGCACUUCCCGCCGCGCCGGAUUCGCUGCUGUCCACAGCCGAGUCGCUUGUUGCAAGGUCGUGGGAGCGGUCGUUGCUGGAAAGCCAGUGGGAGCUGAGCAUGGCUGCAGAGCGUGCUAUGCCUUUCUCCGAUCAUGCGGAUGGCGAUGGCGACGGGAUGGCGUCAAGGGGGAGGCAGAGGAGGGAUGAAUGCGAGAAAGAGGGAGGGGUGUCUCCGACGGAGAAGGAAGAGGAGGAGGAGAGAAUGGGGAGGAGAAUGGCGGAGGCAAGGGCGCCGCAGGAGAGGGAGGGGGAGAUGGACAGGGAACGGGUGGGCGAGGACGAGGGAGAAGAAGGACGUAGGAGGAGGAGGAGGAGGAAGACGGAGCUGACACCGCCUCCGAGCCUUGAGGCGCAAGUGUGCAGGGUCGUGGUGAAAACCCGGCGCAAGUGCCGGGAGGUGUCAUCCGCCCGAAGACGGCGACUGGACGCUAAGCGAAAGCAGAAGGACGCUAGCUCCGCUGCCAUCGCGGAAGCCACUCUUCUCCUCACGGGCAAACCCCUCGCCUCUAUCUUCGACAAAGGCAGAGGCUUGGCCAAAGCCCAAUUCUUAUCCAUGGAGAAGACUGCAGCUGGCUGUGUCGCCUCCACUCCCAAGGCUUCCAAGUACGGAAAGAUGCGUCUCUUGACCAAAGAAGAGGAGGUGAGCCUCUCCAAGAUGAUGCAGGAAGGACUGUCCAUGUUGGCCGCCCGAAACAGAUUGGCGCAGUCACUGGGUCGACAACCCACUGAAGAGGAGUGGGCCGAGGCUGUAAAUUUGCCGGUUAGGGAACUGCUCCGGCGAGUUACCGAAGGGGAGCGGGCGAGAGAGAGAAUGAUCGACACCAACCUUCGUCUUGUCAUAUCUGUGGCAAAGAGAUAUGUAAAUUAUGGGCUUGAUAUGCCAGACUUAAUCCAGGAAGGAACCAUCGGACUUAUGAGAGGGGUCGAGAAGUUUGACUUCACUCGUGGAUACAAGUUGUCUACUUAUGUGCAUUGGUGGAUCAGGCAGGCGGUGACACGUGCAAUAGCAGACCAUGCAAAGACAAUCCGACUGCCUGUUCAUGUGCAUGAGACCAUGGGAAGAAUAAGAAGAGGGAAAUCUUUUCUGUUGUCGGAAGGCAAUGAAGCAAAUGCUUAUAAUCUUAGCAAAGUUCUGUGCCUUCCGGAGACGAAAGUGAGACAACUUUUGAAGGUUCGUAAACAUCAAUGAUUUGGCUCUUGGCUAUCCCUCUGUUAUUCAGAAUUCCGAGCAUACUCUCACUAGGACUUCUCUUCUUUUAUAUAUAUAAGAUAAGAAAAAACAUAGCUCCAAUCUAUUCGUGGGGACUUCUCAGGAUAUAAGGAACUGCAAUUAUGGACAGCUCUGGGUCCAUCUGACUGCAAUUACGCCGAGAGCUGAUUCCAAAAGGAGUAUGCCCUCAGAGUC